UUCUCAGAACGCGCGUGAAAAAACCGUUAAAACUUCAGUACCUAUAUACCAUUGUAUUGGCUUUUGUCUGCAGGUGCUUUUUUUUUAAUUUUCGGAGAUUCCAAUUGAGAAUUUGAUGUAAACAAAGCAGUGCUAUGUCAAACUCACUGUGCAAAGUUGACAUAAAUAAUUUCAGCAUAGAAACGUGUAUUUUAGAACUGGUUAAACUUUCCAUUAAAAGAAAAUCUUCAGCAAUUGCUGUUCGAUUUAAUCCAAAAACUCAUAAAAUCCAAGUGGUAGAUAAUGGCAUUGGUUUCAGCAAAUAUGAACUAUCUCAAAUUUGCUAUAAUAGGGAUAAAAAUAACUGUAGCCAAAAAUUGAUAUUUGAUGAAAUAAUCUCUGCAUCAAAUGCUGUUAUCAUAACUUCUAGGAGUGAAUUUUCACCUCAUACUUUUGUCAAGGCUAUAAGUGCAAGUAAUAGACAUAAGUUAUUUGAAGGAUAUCACAGACCUUCAAAAGGUACUACAAUAUCAAUUUAUGAUUUUAAACCAUCUGAAUGGGAUAAUAGUAAUAAUAGAAAUUGCUCGAUACCUUAUGUGAUAGCUUCUGUAGCAUUUUCAGAAUUAAAGGUACUAAUAAGUUGGAGUGGGAUCAAAAUAAUUCACAUGAACUUAAUAGUGAUUAUUUUAUUAUGUUGAUUUAGGUUUCAUUUUCUAUUCGAAAUGAUGUACAACAAAAAGUAUUGUUACAUUUAAAUAAUCCCCACAGCCCUUGGGACAUAUUAAAAUUUUUUCAAAGCAAUAAAACCUGUGAAGCAUUUUCUCAAUCAAACGAUCAAGUUAUUUCACAAAAAGAAUUAGUAGAAUCAAACUUACCUUCAAAUGAUCAAGUUAAUAUUAGUGAUAGCCAUAUUGAAAGUCCACUUUCAGAAUGGUCCAAUUGGUCGUAUAAAUCUGAGAGUAUAAAUAAAAAUAAUAACAAUAGCAAUAUUUGUAGUCCAUUUUCAGAAUGGUCCAAUUGGUCAUAUAAUCCUGAAAGAAUAAAUAUCAAUAAAAGUUCUAACAAUAAACUUUCUUCCAGUGCAAAUCAAUUGAAUAAUUUGGACAAUAAUUUCGUUAAUCUCAGUCAAAUGUCAAUUUGGUCUGACUGGUCUUACCACCCAGAUACUUUCAAUGCUAAUAAGAAUGACAGAGAUUCUCAUUUCCUAUCAGUCUCAAUGUAUAAAAGACUUCCUUACAGACACACUAGGGCACUCAAUAUUGCUAAUCCUGCUUUAAAAACUGCCAUUGAACAAAGUACUAGAGAUUUAAAAAAUGUUGCAAAUUUUGAAGUUUGUGAUUUGAAACACAAGUU